GGGGCCCCACCCUGGGCGGUGAGCUCCAAAAGACACCGAUGCCUUUUUCAUCCUUGUUCGUCCACCCUCCUGGCAUGUGUCCAGAACGUGUUCCGUAAGCGUGCACAGGCCGGCACCCUCCCUCUGGGAUGCGCUCCCAGGAAGCCAGGGCAGAAUCAGCUCCGGGAACAAACAGAUCAGAGUGGUGCUGCCAGGCAGGACAUUGUGAGGCCUUCAUGCUGCUGGAAGUACCAGACACCUGGAGGUGCGUCCACAGGGGCCGCACCGGGGCAUGUCUCCCGGCAGUCCCCUUCUGGCCUCACCUGCCCUCACCAGGGAAGGACAAAGCCGGCAGGGCUGUAUUUGCUGUGCCCCACUCCCCAGCCAUUGGCUCUGGAGGGUCAAUAAAACCCCAAGAGUCUAGAGGAGAAAAGCGGGGCAGCCCCUCAUGGUCCUCCCCAGCAUGGGACCAGGGGCUCUGUUCCCACCCCCGCCCCCUAUAUCCUGGGAGGAGAGAGGGAAACAUCUGCAGGCCUGCCCAAGGAUCGAGUCUGGAAUCCAACCCCAGCCCCUCCCGCACAGCCUCACUGCUCUGCAGCCCAGCCUGCGGAGCGGAUGGCUGGGGCCCUGGAGGACCCCGUGUCAGGCAAGGCCUGCGCCCUCCUAGCUGGAAAAGCCACUGCAUCUGUCAGGAGGGCACGCCAGCCAGCAAUGACACACACAUGCACAGCCUCCGUUCCCACCAAAGCACAGAGCAUUUCCUGUGCCUUUUCCGUUAUUUCACAACCCGCGCCUUUUUACUCACCCUCUGGGCUCCAGGAUACAGAACUUUUUCUCCUCCCAGAAGCCAGACAUCUGGCUCUGGCCUCUCCUGGUCAACACCAUGGCCAAGACCCCUAGUGACCACCUGUUGUACUCUCUGGAGGAACUGGUGCCCUACGACUUUGAGAAGUUCAAGUUCAAGCUACAGAACACCAGCCUGGAGAAGGAGCACUCCCGGAUCCCCCGGGGCCAGAUCCAGACCGCCAGGCCAGUGAAGCUGGCCACCCUGAUGGUUACCCACUAUGGGGAGGGGUAUGCUGUGCGGCUGACCCUGCAGGUCCUGAGGGCCAUCAACCAGCACCUCCUGGCAGAGGAGCUCCACAGGGCCGUCAGCCCAGAAUAUCCAACACAAGAAAGUGGUGCGAAUGGAUCAGCAACGUCUUGUAUCUCUGGGGAGAAUAGGCCCGAGAGCAUGAGGAUACCAGACGGCCUGGAUGGUGACAGGCGGGGGCAAAGUGGUGAUGGGGCAACCAGCCUGCUAGCCAGCCAGCCGGAAGCCGCAAGGGGGCCCCAGAAGAAGCCUCCGGGCAAACGGAGAGACCCUAGGGCCGUGGAGGGCCUGAAUGCGCAGGGCAAGCCAGGGGCCAGGCCGGGGACUCUGUGCUCCCGGAGGAGCGCUGUCCCCAGCAAGCUGCAUGGGGACAGGGCGAGCAAUCCCGAGGUCAGACUGCGCAGGAACGCCAGCUCUGCAGGAAGGCUCCAAGGACUCUCCAGUGGGUUGUUAACUGGGUCUCUGGGGAGAGGAAAGUCCAAGAUAUCUGAAGUAUAUUUACCUUCAGGAAAGAGGCGACCCAAAAGUCUUGAGUUUACCGUUUCUGCAGGAGAGAGAGACCCCCACAAUCCAGAAACUCUUCUGCCUCAAGAAAAAACAGGAAGAGAGAAUCCAGACUCAGUAGCCACCGCCAGCAUAGAGGCUACUGUGGCUCCAGAGAAAGGCUCCAGGGAUCCAGAACAUUCCAUCAUCAGGAACACACUUUCCAAUGUAUCCUUGGCUGAAGAGAAGACCUGGGAGCAUCCAGAAUCCACACCUUUGAAGAAAAAUGGAAUUGAGAAUUCGGAGUCCCCUGAGACCUUGGGAGAGGUGGUAGGCAGUACGCUCCAUGCUUCAAAUCCAGAAGCCCCUCCAUCUUCAGAUAAGAAAGGACCACAGAAUAGAGCCCUGGCAUCCUUAGGGAGGCCACAGGACGAGGCUGCGGGUCCUCUUCUUCAUGCCCAAGGCGGAGGCCCUGCUGGUGGCUCAUGUGUGCAUGAUUCCUGCAGCUGCUCCAUUCCUUCUAAGGAUCCCAAGGCCUCAGGCAGACACUCCACCAGCUGCCCCAGGUGCCAGGCCUCUCUCCCAGGGAAGAGCUCUGGAGGCCGCGAGCGGCAAGAGGGCCUGCAGAUGGCCAGCCUGGGCCCCAAGCCCCUGCCACAGUGUGAGCGGCACAUGAAGCAGGUCCAGUUGCUCUUCUGUGAGGACCACGGGGAGCCCAUCUGCCUCAUCUGCAGGCUGAGCCAGGAGCACCGGGGCCACCGAGUGCGCCCCAUCGAGGAGGCUGCCCUGGAAUACAAGGAACAAAUUCAGAAGCAGCUAGAGCAUCUGAAGGAGUUGAGAAGAUCUGGGGAGGAGCAGAGGUCUCAGGGGGAUAAGAAGACAGCAAACUUUUCGAAACAAACUGAAACCCAGAGGCAGAGAGGCUGGGACCAGUUGGAACAGUUGUGCUGGUUGCUGGAGCAGCAAGAACAGCAUUUUGUGGCCUGGAUGGAAGAGCUCGGCCAAACCAUUGGUGAGGUCAGGGAGACGUACGGCACCCGAGUGUCCCGGAACAUCGCCCAUCUUGAUGAACUGAUUGGGGAACUGGAGGCCAAGCAGUGCCAGCCAGAGUGGGAGCUUAUGCAGGACAUCGGAGUCACCUUGCACAGGGCCAAGAUGGUUACAGUCCCCGAGCCAUGGGCCACCCCUCCAGAGCUGAAAGAAAAGAUCCACCUGCUCUACCAGAAGUCAGAGUUUGUGGAGAAGAGAAUGAAGUGCUUCUUGGAAACCCUGCGUUCAGAAAUGGAGACUUUCCAUGUUUCAGAACUGACUGGCGCACAGGCACAUGCUGUGAAUGUGAUUCUGGAUGCAGAAACUGCCCACCCCAACCUCAUCUUCUCUGAUGACCUGAAGAGUGUGAGACUUGGAAACAAGUGGGAUUGUCUGCCUGACAACCCGGAAAGAUUUGAUAGUUGCAUCAUUGCCCUGGGCUCUCCAAGCUUCCUCUCUGGCCACCAUUACUGGGAAGUGGAGGUGGGAGACAAGACAGCGUGGGUCCUGGGCAUCUGCAAGGCAUCCACAAGCAAGAAAGGGAGCAUGACUCUAUCACCAGACAGGGGCUACUGGGUGGUGAUGAUGAUGAAGCAACACAAGUACCAGGUGUCCACCAUUCCCCCAACCCACCUGCAGAUAAGGAAGCCCCUCAGACGUGUGGGCAUCUUCUUGGACUACAAGGCUGGAGAUAUUUCCUUUUACAAUGUGACAACCAAAUCCCCCAUCUACACAUUCACUGGCUUCUCUUUCUCUGGGCCUCUUAAACCUGUCUUCAGUCCUGGGACACAUGACAAAGGGAAAAACAUGAAACCUCUGAUCAUCUGUCCAGUGGGCGGCCAGGGGCAUCACUGAAUGCCCAACACCUUGCAUCUGUCAUCUGGUUCCAAGCCUUGUAUCUUGAGCACCUAGACUCAGCAGUCAUUAUUGAACACCAACUGCGUUCCAGCUGCUGUAGGGAAUACAAUGAAUAAGAGAGCAGUGGAGACCAUGGAAUAGUAGCAAAAGCAAGCUAGGUACCCAAAUUUGGCAAGCCAAGGGUUAAGAGAAUACAUGUAUUGGUGACGUGCUGUGGAUUUCAGAGGAGGAAGUAUAUGGCUGUUGCUGAAUAAGUCCUUGCAUGAAUUAACACCCUAAGAUGUUCCUGGGGCAUAGAUCCCACCCUUAGGCCCUCAGGGCAAGUGUCCCCUCAUUCUAUCCUCCCCUGUCUUGAGGACCUGAGAGGCCUAGAGGAAAAACAAGCAGACUGAUUGGUAUGAAAUAUUUUUAUACCAGGAUUAAUGAACUAUGGUUCUUGAGAGUGUUGGCUGGGCCUCAUAAGUAAAUCAAUUAGAAAACUUGUCUAAAUUGCACUCAGUUUGCACCCAAUUUCUUGCCACUCAGAUGAUCACUGUGGAAUCCCAUUUCUCUAUUGGACAUCAUGAAAGAGGCAAGGCUGUUGGACUCUGGGAACCCAGGAAGACGUUUGUCACAUUUUCCAAGGGUCCGAUUAUUCUCUCCUAAUGUCUAUCUGAAAAUCUGUGUGCCUAUGCAGUAUUAGCUGUUCUUGUUUACAGACAUAUCCUCUAUCAUUCCUCAUUUAAAGAGAUAUAAAGAGAAAGGGUGAAGGGGAAAAAAAGGAAUCAAAUGAAGAUUAAACGCCAAACUCCUACCCCAACUCCUCUUUCCAUCUUUAUACUAGAGCCUAGGUUGGACUCAAGUUCUCCAUGGUUGUGACAAGAGUGCAAAACACAUGCUUUUCUUUCUUUAUGGAGCUUUGUUCAUUGUGCAUAAUCCAUAUGCUGCCACAGUUCAUGUGCCAUUUGCUUAGUUGUUCCCUACAUUGGUCAUUUGUUACUCCCAAUUCUCCCUUGUUAUAUAAUGUGUUCAUGAAUAACUUCUUGUAUUUUUUCCACAACCUCCCUAUAUACAUAUUUUCUCCUGUUUUUCCUAAAAUGGUUCCAGAAUGUGAACUAUUUGAUAAUACUUGCUGCAGUUAGCCAUUCAGUCCUUCAGAAAGAUUAAAGAAUGUUCCAUGCCCAAAGCAAUGUGUGUCAUGUGAAAAUUUUUGCUGAUUGAAGAGAUGUAAUGUUUGUGUUUCAUUUCCUUACCUGUGAGUGCAGUUGUGAAGUUUUCCAUGUGAAUUUCUACUUUGUGCUUCAUUCUACAGAAAUGAUAGAGCUAAUUUGACUACUUGCUAUGUAGAAUCUAGGUAUUGAACUUAGUUGUUUGUAGUACUUGUUCACAAAUAUUUUAGAUACUAAAUAUUCUGUAAAAUGAAAUUUUCUGCCUAGUGUUUCUUAAAUUGAGAUUUAACUUUUAUACCAUAAAACUCACCUUUUAAAGUGUAUAAUUAAGUGGUCUUUAGUACAUUCAAAAUGUGUACAAACCUCACCACUAAUUCCAGAAUAUUUUCAUCACCACUGCACCCCAUAUCAAUCAUUUCUAUUCUCUCCUCCCCCAGCCCCUACCAACAACUAACCUAUUUUUGUCUCUAUGGAUUUUGCCUAUUAGGAAAAUUUCAUGUAAGUAGGAUAACAUAAUAUGUGGUCUUCUGUGACUGGCUUCUUUUGUUAAAGGUGCACUCAUGUUGGUGGAUGUAUCAGUACUUCAUUCCUUUUCUAUUGCUGAAUAAUCAUCCAUUAUAUGGAUAUACUACUGUUAACUUGUUUACCCAUUCAUUGAUAGACAUCUGGGUUGUUUCUACUUUUCAACCAUUUUGAAUA